UUUGAAUUUACAUCUCUUCAAGACACAAGAUUAAAACAAAAUUUACGCUAAAUUGGAUUUUAAAUUAUCUUCUGUUCAUUUAUCCUUCGUCUUUCUUAUGUGGAUAUGCAAGCGAGAAGAAGGGACUGGACAUUCCCAACAUGCUCACUCCCUUAAUCUGUCCGUCUAGAGGUUUGGCUUCUACAAACCAAGGGAGUCGACGAGUUGAAGAUGAAGCCCAGAGCAGAGUGCUGUUCUCCCAAGUUCUGGUUGGUGUUGGCUGUCCUGGCCGUGUCAGGCAGCAGAGCUCGUUCUCAGAAGAGCCCCCCCAGCAUUGGCAUUGCUGUCAUCCUCGUGGGCACUUCCGACGAGGUGGCCAUCAAGGAUGCCCACGAGAAAGAUGAUUUCCACCAUCUCUCCGUGGUGCCCCGGGUGGAGCUGGUAGCCAUGAAUGAGACCGACCCAAAGAGCAUCAUCACCCGCAUUUGUGAUCUCAUGUCUGACAGGAAGAUCCAGGGGGUGGUGUUUGCUGAUGACACAGACCAGGAAGCCAUCGCCCAGAUCCUCGAUUUCAUUUCAGCACAGACUCUCACCCCCAUCCUGGGCAUCCACGGAGGCUCCUCUAUGAUAAUGGCAGACAAGGAUGAAUCCUCCAUGUUCUUCCAGUUUGGCCCAUCUAUUGAACAGCAAGCUUCCGUAAUGCUCAACAUCAUGGAAGAAUAUGACUGGUACAUCUUUUCUAUUGUCACCACCUAUUUCCCUGGCUACCAGGACUUUGUAAACAAGAUCCGCAGCACCAUUGAGAAUAGCUUUGUGGGCUGGGAGCUAGAGGAAGUCCUCCUACUGGACAUGUCCCUGGAUGAUGGAGAUUCUAAGAUCCAGAAUCAGCUCAAGAAACUUCAAAGCCCCAUCAUUCUUCUUUACUGUACCAAGGAAGAAGCCACCUACAUCUUUGAAGUGGCUAACUCAGUAGGGCUAACUGGCUACGGCUACACAUGGAUCGUUCCCAGUCUGGUGGCAGGGGAUACGGACACAGUGCCUGCGGAGUUCCCCACUGGGCUCAUCUCUGUAUCAUAUGAUGAAUGGGACUAUGGCCUCCCCGCCAGAGUGAGAGAUGGAAUUGCCAUAAUCACCACUGCUGCUUCUGACAUGCUGUCCGAGCACAGCUUCAUCCCUGAGCCCAAAAGCAGUUGUUACAACACCCAUGAGAAGAGAAUCUACCAGUCCAAUAUGCUAAAUAGGUAUCUUAUCAACGUCACUUUUGAGGGGAGGAAUCUGUCCUUCAGUGAAGAUGGUUACCAGAUGCACCCGAAACUGGUGAUAAUUCUUCUGAACAAGGAGAGGAAGUGGGAGAGGGUGGGGAAGUGGAAAGACAAGUCCCUGCAGAUGAAGUACUAUGUGUGGCCCCGAAUGUGUCCUGAGACUGAAGAGCAGGAGGAUGACCACCUAAGCAUUGUGACCCUGGAGGAGGCACCGUUUGUCAUUGUGGAAAGUGUGGAUCCUCUCAGUGGAACCUGCAUGAGGAACACGGUCCCCUGCCAAAAACGCAUAAUCACUGAGAAUAAAACAGAUGAGGAGCCGGGUUACAUCAAAAAAUGCUGCAAGGGGUUCUGUAUCGACAUCCUUAAGAAAAUUUCUAAAUCUGUGAAGUUCACCUAUGACCUUUACCUGGUUACCAAUGGCAAGCAUGGGAAGAAAAUCAAUGGAACCUGGAAUGGUAUGAUUGGAGAGGUGGUCAUGAAGAGGGCCUACAUGGCGGUGGGCUCGCUCACCAUCAAUGAGGAACGCUCGGAGGUGGUCGACUUCUCUGUGCCCUUCAUAGAGACGGGCAUCAGUGUCAUGGUGUCACGCAGCAAUGGGACUGUCUCACCUUCUGCCUUCUUAGAGCCAUUCAGCGCUGACGUAUGGGUGAUGAUGUUUGUGAUGCUGCUCAUCGUCUCCGCCGUGGCUGUCUUUGUCUUUGAGUACUUCAGCCCUGUAGGUUAUAACAGGUGCCUCGCUGAUGGCAGAGAGCCUGGUGGCCCCUCUUUCACCAUCGGCAAAGCUAUUUGGUUGCUCUGGGGUCUGGUGUUUAACAACUCCGUACCUGUGCAAAACCCGAAGGGGACCACCUCCAAGAUCAUGGUGUCAGUGUGGGCCUUCUUUGCUGUCAUCUUCCUGGCCAGCUACACUGCCAACUUAGCUGCCUUCAUGAUCCAAGAGGAGUAUGUGGACCAGGUUUCUGGCCUGAGCGACAAAAAGUUUCAGAGACCUAAUGACUUCUCACCCCCUUUCCGCUUUGGGACGGUGCCCAACGGCAGCACAGAGAGAAAUAUUCGCAAUAACUAUGCAGAAAUGCAUGCCUACAUGGGAAAGUUCAACCAGAGGGGUGUAGAUGAUGCAUUGCUCUCCCUGAAAACAGGGAAACUGGAUGCCUUCAUCUAUGAUGCAGCAGUGCUGAACUACAUGGCAGGCAGAGAUGAAGGCUGCAAGCUGGUGACCAUUGGCAGUGGGAAGGUCUUUGCUUCCACUGGCUAUGGCAUUGCCAUCCAAAAAGAUUCUGGGUGGAAGCGCCAGGUGGACCUUGCUAUCCUGCAGCUCUUUGGUGAUGGGGAAAUGGAAGAACUGGAAGCUCUCUGGCUCACUGGCAUUUGUCACAAUGAGAAGAACGAGGUCAUGAGCAGCCAGCUGGACAUUGACAACAUGGCUGGGGUCUUCUACAUGUUGGGCGCGGCCAUGGCUCUCAGCCUUAUCACCUUCAUCUGUGAACACCUUUUCUAUUGGCAGUUCCGGCAUUGCUUUAUGGGUGUCUGUUCUGGCACGCCUGGCAUGGUCUUCUCCAUCAGCAGAGGUAUCUACAGCUGCAUCCAUGGGGUGGCCAUAGAGGAGCGCCAAUCUGUAAUGAACUCCCCCACCGCAACCAUGAACAACACACACUCCAACAUCCUGCGCCUGCUGCGGACGGCCAAGAACAUGGCUAACCUCUCUGGCGUGAACGGCUCCCCACAGAGUGCCCUGGACUUCAUCCGACGGGAGUCGUCCGUCUAUGACAUCUCAGAGCACCGCCGUAGCUUCACGCAUUCCGACUGCAAAUCCUACAACAACCCGCCCUGCGAGGAGAACCUCUUCAGUGACUACAUCAGUGAGGUGGAGAGAACGUUCGGGAACCUGCAGCUGAAGGACAGCAAUGUGUACCAAGAUCACUACCACCAUCACCACCGGCCCCAUAGCAUUGGCAGCGCCAGCUCCAUCGACGGGCUCUACGACUGUGACAACCCACCCUUCAGCACCCAGUCCAGGUCCAUCAGCAAGAAGCCCCUGGACAUCGGCCUCCCCUCCUCCAAGCACAGCCAGCUCAGUGACCUGUACGGCAAAUUCUCCUUCAAGAGCGACCGCUACAGUGGCCACGACGACUUGAUCCGCUCCGACGUCUCUGAUAUCUCAACCCACACCGUCACCUACGGGAACAUCGAGGGCAAUGCCGCCAAGAGGCGUAAGCAGCAAUAUAAGGACAGCCUGAAGAAGCGGCCGGCCUCGGCCAAGUCCCGCAGGGAGUUUGACGAGAUCGAGCUGGCCUACCGUCGCCGACCACCCCGCUCCCCUGACCACAAGCGCUACUUCAGGGACAAGGAAGGGCUACGGGACUUCUACCUGGACCAGUUCCGAACAAAGGAGAACUCGCCCCACUGGGAGCACGUGGACCUGACCGACAUCUACAAGGAGCGGAGUGAUGACUUUAAGCGCGACUCGGUCAGCGGAGGAGGGCCCUGUACCAACAGGUCCCACAUCAAGCACGGGACGGGCGACAAGCAUGGCGUGGUCAGCGGGGUACCUGCACCUUGGGAGAAGAACCUGACCAACGUGGAGUGGGAGGACCGGUCCGGGGGCAACUUCUGCCGCAGCUGCCCCUCCAAGCUGCACAACUACUCCACGGCGGUGACGGGUCAGAACUCGGGCAGGCAGGCGUGCAUCCGGUGUGAGGCUUGCAAGAAAGCAGGUAACCUGUAUGACAUCAGCGAGGACAACUCCCUGCAGGAACUGGACCAGCCGGCUGCCCCGGUGGCGGUGACAUCAAACGCCUCCACCACCAAGUACCCUCAGAGCCCAACUAAUUCCAAGGCCCAGAAGAAGAACCGGAACAAGCUGCGCCGGCAGCACUCCUACGACACCUUCGUGGACCUGCAGAAGGAAGAAGCCGCCCUGGCCCCGCGCAGCGUGAGCCUGAAAGACAAGGGCCGAUUCAUGGAUGGGAGCCCCUACGCCCACAUGUUUGAGAUGUCAGCUGGCGAGAGCACCUUUGCCAACAACAAGUCCUCAGUGCCCACUGCCGGACACCACCACCACAACAACCCCGGCGGCGGCUACAUGCUCAGCAAGUCGCUCUACCCUGACCGGGUCACGCAAAACCCUUUCAUCCCCACUUUUGGGGACGACCAGUGCUUGCUCCAUGGCAGCAAAUCCUACUUCUUCAGGCAGCCGGUGGCGGGGGCGUCGAAAGCCAGGCCGGACUUCCGGGCCCUUGUCACCAACAAGCCGGUGGUCUCGGCCCUUCAUGGGGCCGUGCCAGCCCGUUUCCAGAAGGACAUCUGUAUAGGGAACCAGUCCAACCCCUGUGUGCCUAACAACAAAAACCCCAGGGCUUUCAAUGGCUCCAGCAAUGGGCAUGUUUAUGAGAAACUUUCUAGUAUUGAGUCUGAUGUCUGAGUGAGGGAACAGAGAGGUUAAGGUGGGUACGGGAGGGUAAGGCUGUGGGUCGUGUGAUGCGCAUGUCACGGAGGGUGACGGGGGUGAACUUGGUUCCCAUUUGCUCCUUUCUUGUUGUUUUAAUUUAUUUAUGGGAUCCUGGAGUUCUGGUUCCUACUGAGGGCAACCCCGGUGACCAGCACCAUCUCUCCUUUUCACAGUUCUCUCCUUCUUCCCUGCCCCCGCUCUGUCAGCCAUUCCUGUUCCCAUGAGAUGCCGCCAUGGGCCCUCUCAGUAGGGGAGGGUGGAGCGGAGAAAGGAAGGGCUGCAUGCGAGCUUCCUCCGGCUGUAGAAGAGCUCCUCGCCAUCCUCUUUGAGUGAAGCUGGUAGAACCAAAAAGAGGCCAUGUGAGCACAAAGGUAGCUUUUCCCAAACUCAUCUUUUUGUUUAGGUGAGGAAGCAAAAGCAUCUACGUGAGACCAUUUAGCACACUGCUUGUGAAAGGAAAGAGGCUCUGGCGAAAUUCUUGCUGCUAAGAUGACAUCUGUCUAGGAAUCAUGUGCCAAGCAGAGGUUGGGAAGCCAUGUGUGUUUAUAUAUAAGCCAAAAAAUGCUUGCUUCAACCCCAUGAGACUCGAUAGUAGUGGUGAACAGGAACAAGAGGUCAUUGGUUGGGAGUGGAUUCUUGAACAAAUGGGAAAGUAUAUUAUGACAAUGUCCCAUGGUGCCCUUGAGGCAAGAGCAGCUGGCUUGUGCAUGCAUGUGUGUUCAUGCACACUUGCACCCACAUGUAGUCAGGUGCCUCUGGAAAAGGCAACCUGGAUUCUUUGUUUUUUUCAAUAUCCCCAAGCAGAGUGACUGUUUGGCUUAUAUACAGACAGAAAUGGCCACGUGUCUCCUGAAUCUUGGCUGUGUCUCCCUUCAUCCUUCCUGAAUAAGGAGAAUGAAAAUUAUUGAUAAAGAAGAUUCUGUGGUCUAGAUUAAAAAAAAAAAAAAAAAA